ACAGCUGUGAUUUUUAUCUGUUUGAGAAACCUUGUUCAACUCGCUCGGGUGCAUUUUUCAGCACACGUAAAGAAGAACACCUCCUGCACGUAGUAUCACAUUCGUUUUGUUUUAGUAUGAUCGGUGGCUGGAUGUUGGCUGGAUUCAGUUUGUCAGGAUGAUGACGGACAGAGUGUUAAAGCACUCAGAGGAGUGUAAAGAUCCUCCUCAGCUCUUUACAUACUAUCAAGGCGACAUCAACACUGCAGUGGAUGAGCACUUCUUCCGUGCCCUGAAUAAAGCAACCACACCAAAAGACCUCAGUACUAAAGCCAAGGACAGCAGUAGGAUUCCCAAAUCUGAUGUUCCCUCAUCAUCAUGGGCUUCUUCCGCUCUGACAUGGUCUAAGUCCACACACUCUUGCAGCUCCUCAAAGCUGGCCCAGCUGACAACCAUGGAACCCCCACCUCUAUCCCAGGGAGUUAUUGUGAAUCCCUCAGCACUGUCAUCGUCAUCAUCCUCAUCCACCUCCUCAUCCCUCUGGCCAUGUCCACCCAGGCAGGGCACAGCCUUCGAACUGCCUCAAAUACUCUACCAACAGCCAAUGGCUGCUGAGAGCAAUGCCAGUUCUUACCUGAACCUGUUACAAAUGGAGCGACCGACAGGCGGCAUCAUGAUCUCGCCCUUCUCAAAAUCAGAAACCAGACCAGAGUGGAAUUCUGGGACGGCCUAUAAAGACGGAAGCAGGAUCGGCCUAGAUUCAGGUGUGCCUGUGUCAGAAAUCAGUAAGGAUUUGUACUGGUACUGAUGAAGCGAUCUCUGGCUCUAUGACAAAAGUAUAUUUUCAGCACAAGACUGUCUGGGUUUGCAUUAUUAUGUAAGCUUAAGAAUGCUGUGGUUUUUGGACAUCUGGAAGAGUGACUCAAACCAUUAUAUUACAUUCCUCAGCGAUGAAUGGCAGUUAAUUGCUUGAUUUAGUCGUGAGCGUGUGUAUAAGCUAUCUUGUAGUUGGACAUAAGUGAAAAUAUUUGAUUGGAACGAGUUCACUUCUGUUUUCUGUUUAAUGGGUGAAUGAGGAAGUAAAGUCUAUUUAUAUGAUUUAUAGUUUUAUCAAACUUUCUUUAUGUAUAGUAUUUUGAACAUUGAUAUAAUUUCUAUAGAGCGUCAUUUUAGUAAUGCAAAAACUACUAUAUAGGCUUUUGCCAAAAUAUAUAUAUAUAUAUAUAUUCAAUUAGUGACUUUUUUUUCACACUUUGAAAAACCCUUUAACACCUCCUCAACAAGCGUGUCCACUCUCUAGGUCAGGUAAAGGCCAAGUAAAGCUGAUGGUAAAAGUGAACUGACAUGAGCAAAGCAAAAAUAAAUUUCUUUGAAACAGUUUAAA